AUCUGAGAUAUGCACAGCACUCAAAAGUUUUUAUCUAACAAAUUAUGGGAUAAUUAAUGAAGUUCAACCACCAUUAAAAUCACCCUCAAAUGUUGAUCUAAUGAAUAAAUUUGUUGAUCUAUGUAUCAUUGAUGCUGUUAAUACUGAAAUAGAUGCUGUUUAUAGUGUUGAACGAAAGAAAUUUCUUGAAAAGCAAUUGCGUUAUACACCAAUUCCAUAUAGUGAAAUUUUUAUGAAAGAAAAAUCUGUAACAUUAAUAUCUGAAAUAGCUGGUAUUGGGAAAACAUGGUUGCUUAGAAAAUGUUUGCUUGAUUGGUCAAAUGAUUUAAUUUGGAAAAAUGUUAAACUUGUGUUUUAUUUUGAAUGUAGGAGGCUUAAUCAAUAUCAAAAUAUUUCAAAUAUUAAUGAAUUAUUAAAUGUUUUCUACAAAGAUAUUAUCAAUGAUUUUAGUAUUAGUAAUCAUACUGUACUGUUUGUAAUUGAUGGACUAGAUGAGUUUAAAUAUUUAAAUGAAUUAAUAAAUCACAAUUCAAGUUGUAAUUAUCCAAUCGUUAAUGCUUUAACAGAAAUUAAAAAUUACAAAUAUGUAGUUGCUGGUAGAGUUUAUGCAAUUGAUCAAUACCAAAGUAUAUCUACAGAGCAUAAUGAUAAAUUAACUAUUCAAAUAAUGGGAUUUAAAUGAAAAUGGAAUAAAUAAUUACAUAGAAAACAAUGUUUUAGAGGGAAAAAAAGAUGUUGUGAAAGCAACUUACAGGAAUCUCCAAUUGCAAAAUCCAUGUCGUCUGUUCCAUUUUAUUUAUCUUCCAUGUGUAAGGUUAUAAGUGACUCAAAAAAUGUAGAUAAAAAUUCUUUUUUAACAAUGACUUAUUUGUAUGCAAAUAUUUUUUUAUACUUUUUACAAAAGCACAUCAUCAAAAACAAUGAAUUGAUUUAUAAGAUAAUGGAAAACGAUUUCAAUAAGAAAUAUGUUUUGAAUAUUUGUAAAAUUGCAUAUCAAUUGUUUGUUGAAAAUAAAGUAAUUUUUUCCAAAGAAGAUAUUCAAAUCGUUGACUUUGAUAAAAAUGAAGAAAUUUUUUUUGGAUUUAUAGAAAGAAUUGAAACGAAUCUAGGGUACUAUUAUCAAUUUGCACACCUAACGAUAAUGGAGUUUUGUGCAUCUGUAUAUGCAUAUAAUUGUUUAAGUAGUGACGAGAUUAUGGCUGAUAAAAGACUAGAGAGUUGUUUAUCAAUGAUUUGUGGAUUAACCAAUAAAAGUCAAAAUAGUGUAUUAAAGUUUCUUGUUAACUUGAAUGCUUCAAAAAAACCUACCGAAAAAUCUUUAUUAUUUUUUUCUAUUUUAGAUUUUCUACUUAAAUUAUUUCGUCAAAGUUAUGAUAAAAACUAUUUUCCACUUAACUUUCAAAUUGAAAUUUAUUAUGUUAAUUUAUUCAUUGAAUGUUUUUAUGAAUGUCAAUCAUCAUUUUCUGAUGAAAUAAAAUUAAUCGUUGAUGAACGAGAGUGGACGAUUUCAAUACUCGAUGGAAAAACUUCUUACAAAACUUCUUGUGAAAAUUAUUUCGUAAAUCAUUACAUUAAAUCUGGAAGAAAGUUAUCGAGGUUACGUGUUCAUAAACAUAUUUUAAGUGAUGAAGAAAAAAAUCUUAUAAUUCAAUGUUCAACAAAUGUUCGCAAUGUCGUCUUUUGGUGUCC